ACAGGAAGUGCGUUGGCCAAAGUGUUGGCACGAAAUCCUCGCUCGCGCAACGCUUUAAGCAGCGCUCGCGCACUAAGUCGGAGCACACACCACACGCGCUCGGUUUUUUCUCUCUAUUUCCUCUCUCCUGACGAUUAAAAAAACCCCAAAAAACGUUUCAUGUCAGGACGCGUUACGGUGAAGGUUUAACCCGAGUUUUGGUCACAAAUCCGCGUGUUUUUUGAGCUUUUUCUUCCAGAGUCACCAGAGUACCCAAGGAUGCGCGCGAUGGCUCUGUCGAAGGAGAUGGUCAACAAAUCAUCCAGCAGUGCUUACAAAAGCGCCUUCUACUCUUUCCAAGCUGCUUUUUGUUUAGUUUUGUCCGUAUUUUCCGUGGUAUUUUGCGCACUCAUAACCUUCAGGACGUCUCACCUGGAGCACAGAAUGCAGUUUCUGGAAAGCGAGCGCCUUUCUGUCCUGGGCGCUGCACCUCCAUCUGCGCAGGAUAACCUCAACCUCUCUCUGUGGGAUGCGGUGGAAAAACUCGUCCAUAAGAGACUGAUGGAGGAAGUGCCUAAACUUCGUACACCGAGGGAAGUAGGUCAUGCGUGCUCUUGCCCACCAGGACCCCCAGGAAGACGUGGAAAAAAAGGGAAUCCUGGAACUCCAGGAACUCCAGGGCGAGAUGGCUACCCGGGUCCUCUAGGUGUGGAUGGUAAGCCUGGUCCUCCUGGUCCUAAAGGCAUUCAGGGCAUGCCAGGGCCAAAAGGAGAUAAGGGUGAUCAGGGAGACGUGGGGCCCAGGGGCCCUCCAGCACAUGCUGCCUCUGCUGGCCUUCUCAGUAAUCAGAUCCUUACGGUCAAGGGUGAUCAGGGUCAGGCUGGGCCUCCAGGUCCCCCAGGGCCUCCUGGACCAUCUGGCCCCAGAGGGCCCCCAGGAAUCAUGGGCAGAGAUGGACCCCAGGGCCACCCAGGAGAGCCGGGUCUUCCUGGCAAGAAUGGAAAUGAGGGUCCAAGAGGGCAACCUGGUAUAAAGGGUGAUGUUGGAGAGCCUGGAAUAACUGGACUUCAGGGUCCUCCAGGGCUUAAAGGAGAACAAGGUGAGCCAGGUGAUGAAGGGAAAAGAGGCAUGGAUGGACCACCAGGCAUAAAGGGAGAGAAAGGAGACGCUGGUGCUCCAGGACUCCAGGGUGCUCCAGGAGUCUCUGAGAACACUGACCUGUCGGAAAGAUUACAAAUUUUGCAGGGCCCACCUGGUCCUCCAGGGCCUCCUGGAGAGCAAGGAGUAAAGGGAGAGAUGGGCUCUCCUGGGAUUCCUGGAUCUGAAGGCAAACAGGGUUCAAAAGGAGAAAGGGGGGAUAGAGGAGAACCUGGAGCGACAGGAGAAAAGGGGGAGAGGGGAGAGAUGGGACUGCCUGGAGUAGCAGGAGCUGAUGGGCAGAAAGGGGAGAAAGGAGACUCCAGAAUUGAGGACAAUCUGGAUCAGAUUAUUGCAUUGCCAGGUCCUCCAGGGCCACCGGGCCCUCAAGGAAUCAUGGGCCUUCAAGGAAUGCCUGGUCAAAAGGGGGAGCCAGGUGAAGCAGUUAAAGGAGAGAAAGGGGAUGUUGGAGAAAAAGGUCCUCAAGGGCCACGGGGUCUUCAAGGUUAUCCUGGAUCUAAUGGAUUGGUGGGUCUACCAGGUGCAAAAGGUGAAAAGGGAAAACAGGGAGAGCCUGGAUUAGACGGUUUCCCAGGCCUACGAGGAGAGAAGGGUGAUAGAGGGGAACGAGGAGAAAAGGGUGAAAGAGGGUCGUUGGGGAAAAGGGGUCUGAAAGGAGAGAAAGGAGAGCAGGGACCUCCAGGGCUGGAUCAGCCUUGUCCUGUGGACCGCGAUGGACUACCAAUACCAGGAUGCUGGCAUAAGUGAUGACAAACCAGGAGCUUUAGAGUGUGUACAUAUUGAUAUAUAUAUUUGACACUAACAUUUUUACUUCCACCCUUUCAUUUUGUACGUCCUAUUUAAUAUGCUGAGGAUUGAUUUUAAAAAAAAUACUUUCAACUCCAUGUGGACUUCAUUCCUGCUUUUUCUACAAAGAAAGGCUCUCAUUUGAAGGACUUGAAGCAAAGAGAGUUGAUUUGAGACCGACUGUGGAUGCCACAUGGACUUGUGGAAUGAGAGACAAAACUCUGAUGCUGAAAAAAGGCAAUGGUGUGUACAUAAGAACACCGGCAUAAUCCCAAACCUAUCUAACAGACUUUGCAGCGUGACACUUGAUUGCUAAACUGAACUGUUUUAAGCAGCCUUCGUUUACCUGAAACACCCAGCUUGUCCAUUUUUUCACUUUCUUUGAAAGGAUAAGGUUUAUAAGCAGGAGAGAAGCGCAGGUUGCACAAUUCAUGAUUGUGAAAACCUUCCUAACCUGAGGGAAGCACCGCUGUUCUAGUGCAUAGGAUUGAACUCUAUAAAUGUGACUACAUGGGAUAUCGACUGUUGCAUGGAUGACCUCAUAGGAAGAACUACUCAUGUCUGCAUGAAACCAAUCUGUUUCUCUUUUACACCUGAAUAAAAUCUGGAAAUGAAACCACAAUUACGUCAGAGAUUGCACUACAAGAGGACAAGAAGUGGACAGGAUAUUGGUCUCAAAAAAAUCAUCUUUGCUGAUUUUCAGGAACUGCUUGACAUUCUCAGUACUCUUUCUGAUUAUGUGUAAAUAAUAUGUAUAGUUAUUAUCCUCUCUGUCGUUCAGUGUUUAAUAAGAUUGUCCUACUGAUAUGCAACAUGAUGUUUUAUGUAUUCCUCUCAACAGUCCUUACAUGUGUACAUUUUAUCACACUGUAGGCUUUCUUGUGUUAAUAGCAUGCUGUGUUAUAUUGUAAGAUUUUACAGCAGUGUUUUUUAAAGCAAUUUUGAUGUGUGGUUUAUAAUGACUGGAUGUAUUUUUCAGCUAGACAGAUGGGGUUUGGUAACAAGAGCACAAAAGGCUCAAAUAUUAAAACUUUAAUAAAUGUAAUACCAUUAUUGUUUGUUUUAUAUGUCCUUUAACAGCAACACUGACAUCGUCUGCUUAUAUUUUGAGCCAACCUUUGGUACAGUUAACAUGACAACACAUCUGACAAAAGAAAUAAAUCAUGAAUUUAUAGCUGAAACUUACAUUUAUUACGCUGUUUGGUUUUUAAUGUGUUUUGACCAGACACUCCAGUUGAUUCAAACAUUGCUGUUUUGGAAGAUAUUCUUGUUGUUUUUUUCUUGUUCAUUCAUAAAAUCACAUCACUUGCAUUAAGCUCUACUGUUAGCAAUAAUCAGCUAGUACAAUAAAUACAGUAUACUGGUAUCUCUAAUGUUAACAUUGUUAAUCCAGUCCACUGCUAAUGUUAGUUUCGUAUGUUUAUGCAGAGAAAACUUAGUUUAAGAGUAAAAUAAAAAACUACUGUAGAUGAUGUAUGAAUUAUAUGACAUAUAUGAUUGAUUGAUUGAUUGAUUUCAGACCACCUGAUGGAAGUUUCCGUAGUGUAGUGGUUAUCACGUUCGCCUCACACGCGAAAGGUCCCCGGUUCGAAACCGGGCGGAAACACGUUUUAAUUUUUAGUUUUUUCUAGCCUUUCAUAUCUGCGCUUUAACUACACGGGACGAAUGAAAACAAACAAACAAACAACAACAAAAACGUUUUAGGGACUAAGGAAAAUACAUUUGCCGUAAAUUAACUUGAAUCUGGCGCCACUGAAUAAUAUGUGAUUUAAUGUUGUGCUGCAGUCGGGCCGCUAGAGGGCGCAGGAGCCAUUUCGCUUUAGGUCUACAUCUGAUACAGCAAACAUAAUAAUAAUAAUAUUAAUUAGUAAAUUAUUAAUAUUAAUAUGCUGGUCUUGAUUACAGGAAAAAAAACAGUGGUGUGUGCAUAACAACACCGACAUAAUGUGUAUUCGUCCACAUUUGAUUGUGAUAAAAAAUAUUUUAGUGACCUGUAGUGUAACAGUAUAACAGUGACCUAUCUAUUUUCAUUACUAUAAGCCAGCUGUACCCGAAACCUUACUUUGUGUGCAAAAAUAGAACCUAAAAACAACUUUCCUUAAGAAAAUGUUAUAGGAAUGUUUCCAUAGUCUAUCUAUUUGAUGAAAUUGCUGUUAUGAGACCACAAAGGUAUGUUAAAGGAACUGUUCCAGAAAGUCUUUUAGUAGUUAAAACAAAAAAAGAAUCAUUUAACCUAAUGUCAUUUGUCGUGUAAGAGAAUGUUUUGUUUGGAAGUUUCAGGAACAGCACUAAGUUUCUUAAACUAAACAGAACAUUCCCAGAAAGUUAUGAAAUGGUCCCAAAAAAUUAACCAAAGAGCAAUCAUUGAUAACCAUUCUCAGUUUUCUUACUGCUUCAACCAUGAAUAAAAAAAUAUCGUAGGAGUCUAUGGGUAUGAAGCUUAAUGUUUUAAAAAAAAAAGGCUUUAAAAUUGUUUAUUUUAGAGACACAGACAUGAAGAAUAAUUGUUGUAUUUAAUUUAUGUAAUUAAUUUAUUUAUUUUUAAUAAAAACGGUGUGCAGUCA